ACAAGUGCUUAUUCCACUGUCAAUUAAUCCACGUGAUGAUCAAAAAUUUAUGAUUAUUUUUUUUUUGAUUUUUUACGUUUCGUUUUCUCAGGCGCAACUCAGGCCAUUCUGAUUAUCCACUUUUUUUACUGAUGUCGCCGACUGCGUAUUAUGGAUAAUAAAGGAAAACCGAUUUGCCAAGAUAUAUGUACUGAUUGAAGACACCUAAUGCAAAGUGAUUCUUUCUUCACGCGGAAUGACAGUGAUUCACUCUACAAUAAAAUUCUAAAAUUACGUCGUACAUUUCGUUCGAACGGAUACCAUUAAUGGAAUCGUAUUUACCAUUAUCAGAAGUUGGAUAGGAAUGUUCAUUCAAUGACUUCAGAAUUGGCGUAGCUAACAUUAACGACGCAAUGGAAAAAUUUGCUAUUGAUUUGGACAAGGUUUUGGAUGAUUUCGAAUUUAACGAAGACUGUGCAGAGCAAAUAGCAUCUGAUAAUCUUUCAACAAACAAUGCGUCAUCUUCUUCAGUUAAAUGUAAUCUAGAACCUUCAGCUUUAAAAGGUUAUAAUUAUCUUCUAAUAGAGCCUAAGAAAGAAAAUAAAGAGUUUGAUAUUAUAUUACCUGUAGAAAGGCAUAAAGACUUGCAACAAAUAAAUACAAAAAACAAAUGUAUUAAUGAAAAUGAUAUAGUAUCUGAAAAUCUUAAUUAUAGUACAGAACAGACAACAAUAGAAAAUACAGAUGUAAAUCAGUUUUAUAUACAAGAAUGCACAAACGAGAAUAAGUCAAUACAAAAACAAUCUGUUUCAUCUUAUGAUUCUGAACAGGUUUCUUUAGCAAUAUAUAAUGAUAUAUCACAAAAGGUAUUACAAAAACAACAAAAUAGUAAUAACAGCCCAAAGAUUGACAAUAGGUAUGAUAAGAAAUUGAACCAGUCGAAUCUGAAACCUAGUGUUAGCAACGUUUUCAGCAGUUUGAAUGAGUACAUUAAUGCUCCACCUGGAAGUUCAGAUUGCAUUCAUUCCAUAUUAAGUGAUUCAGAAAUACAAUCUGAUUUUGAGACUAAGGUACCUCAGAUAAUCCAGAGCAGUGCUAAAGAUAGUGAUGAAAGUAUACCACAUAAACAGACAGCUGAUAUACCUGAUCCAGCUAGAGAAAUUCCUGCUUUAAGCUAUCAGGAUGCCACGAUACCCAUAACGGUAGAAUUACCAAUUACAUAUGAAACUAAUAUUAAAGAGGAUGUAAAAAAUGUUCGUGUAACAAAUUUCGAACCAUUGGAAAGCAAAACAGACCUUCCUGAAAAAGUUGCUCUAAAUGAAGCUUGUAUUGAAUUAAGUAAUGAAGCAGAAAUUAAAAUUGACAAAACACAUAACUAUAAUUCUGAUAGGAUAGAUCAAGAAAAAAAUUCUAUGCCUAAGUGUACUUGUAUACAAGGUGGUUAUUAUGAAAAUGAGUCUACAACACCCAUAACGGUAGAAUUACCAAUUACAUAUGAAACUAAUAUUAAAGAGGAUGUAAAAAAUGUUCGUGUAACAAAUUUCGAACCAUUGGAAAGCAAAACAGACCUUCCUGAAAAAGUUGCUCUAAAUGAAGCUUGUAUUGAAUUAAGUAAUGAAGCAGAAAUUAAAAUUGACAAAACACAUAACUAUAAUUCUGAUAGGAUAGAUCAAGAAAAAAAUUCUAUGCCUAAGUGUACUUGUAUACAAGGUGGUUAUUAUGAAAAUGAGUUUACAACACCCAUAACGGUAGAAUUACCAAUUACAUAUGAAACUAAUAUUAAAGAGGAUGUAAAAAAUGUUCAUGUAACAAAUUUCAAACCAUUGGAAAGCAAAACAGACCUUCCUGAAAAAGUUGCUCUAAAUGAAGCUUGUAUUGAAUUAAGUAAUAAAGCAGAAAUUAAAAAUGACAAAACACAUAACUAUAAUUCUGAUAGGAUAGAUCAAGAAAAAGAUUCUAUGCCUAAGUGUACUUGUAUACAAGGUGGUUAUUAUGAAAAUGAGUCUACAACACAAUUGCAAGAUAAUGAAAGUAAAUUAAGCGUGGAAAAUAUUGGUACAAGUGAGAUACAUAGGAGCAGCUUAAAUUCAGUAUGUAAGCCAAUUGGAUUUAGUAACAUUGAUAAUUUAUCAGAAGAUGAAUUGACCAAAUAUUUAGCUGAAUUAGAAGAAGAGGAGAAAUUAAGGGAAAGCUGCAAUAAAAAAGAUGAAAAUAAACAAAAUGUCCAAGUUUUCCCAGAUACUUCUGUAGAAUCUCGAAAAAUGAUAGAAUCAGAAUUAAAUGAAAGGAUAGAAAACAUUUCAAUAACUGACUGUCAGAAAAAGGAAAUGGAUAAAGAAUUAUUAAAUAAUGCAUUAAUGAAACAAAAUGUACAACAAUCUGAUGAUCGAUUAAAUGAAGACAGAUUAAAUAAACACAAAGAUAUUUUAAAUAAUCCAAGUGGUAAAGAAUUAAAAUUGUUGCAUAGAGAUAAUGUAGCUAAAGAUGAUAAAAUGAAAUUAGAAAAUGAAUGCGUGCCUGAUACAAAAGAUAUUGAAGACAGCCAAGAACGUCCUACGUAUAGUUUAAAUAUUAAUCAAGGAUCACUAAAUGAUGGCAGAACUGAGAUACAAUUAAAAGAGCAGAAAGGAAAUUCUACGCAAUAUAAUCAAGCUUGUGAAUUAAAAAUGCCAAGUGAUAUUGAUAAUAUUUCGGAAGAAAGAAUUUCAACGACAUCUGAGCUAAAUACAUUAAUUGAUAUGACAAAACAUAAUGAUGAUGCAAUAUCUACGUCUGUAGAUGUUUACACAAGACCAAAUGUAAGUGAUACUAGCAAUGAUUCAGAGAAGCCAGUACGUCCCCAAACAUUGGAUAUUGUUUUGUCAAACAAUAGCACAGAACACCAAGUACUUGGUUCUACAAGUGAUACACCAUCUUAUCAAGUUCAAUCAGAUACUGAUGGUAUAAAAGAGGAGCAAGGAUCUUCCCCGGAUAUUUUAGACAAUUCUUUACCGGAAUCUGGCUCAGUUCUGGGAAAACAACCACCAUUCUGGGUUCCCGAUAGCGAUGCUCCUAGUUGCAUGCUCUGUGAUGUUAAGUUUACCGUUAUCAAAAGACGACAUCACUGUCGGGCAUGUGGAAAAGUGUUAUGUAAUAAAUGUUGUAAUAUGAAAUAUAAAUUAGAAUAUCAAGGAAACAUUGAUUCACGCGUUUGUGUUUCUUGUUAUCAGCUUCUUACUAAAGCUGAAACAGAGCAGGGUAUGGGAGAAUGGUCUUCUGGUUAUUCCACAUGUAUGAAUAAUAAUGAUAUCAAUUCGCCCCAGGGGAGACAGCCCAAUCCAAAUAAUCCCAUGGAGUACUGUUCAACUAUACCACCCUUGCAACAGUUAGCUGGCGGCUUGCCUCCACCUCCUACGGUUAUGGUACCCGUUGGAGUCCUUAAAAGGGAAGAUGGUACAAAGAGUCGGCCUGAAAUUUCAAAAUCUGUUAUGUUCAGUGAUGGAAUAAGGCCUGGCUGUGACCUGACAGAACUAGACAUGUCGUGGGAUUUGAAACCACCAUACCGGAAAUCUGGUAGUAAGAGAAUACCAACACCUGGCUCAUCUGUACCAAGUACGUCUGUCAAGAAACAGAACCUACCACGUUUUGACCCAAAUACAGAAAGUUAUGUGCCACAAGAUCCUAAUGCGCUUCCACCAACAGUAACGAUACAUAAAGGACAGGUAUCAUAUCAUGCUGUAACGGACGAGAAUCUUCUAUACAAAACGCUGAAAAAUGAAUGUGAACCACCUGUUAUGUUUGCGAUUAAUCGAAAUCUCUAUGCAUAUGUAAAAAUGGUAACUUUAAAUUGUUGUGUUAAUAAAACAUGUUGGAAUGUAACUUCGAAAGGAUUGGAUUGUGUUGGACAAGAUGAAAUUAUAUUAUUAAUCGAGGUACUACCUGAUGAAAUCCGGGUUCCUAAAGAUCUGCUCCUUUUUAUUAACCAAUUACGUCUUGAAGCUAUGAAAGGAAACAUUGUGUCCGAAUUGGGAUUUUUAAUAUACCAGGGAGGAAAUUUCUUGGAUUCUCGGGAACACGCAGGGUUCUUGUUUAUUCGACAAACAUCGCAAUGCUUGCAAAAAAUUAUAUUACCUCCUGGCCCGUACCUAUUUGGCCUCCUAGUUCACAGGUGGGAAACACCAUGGGCGAAAGUAUUUCCGUUACGCCUUGUCUUACGACUGGGCGCAGAAUAUCGUUACUAUCCGUGCCCGUUAUUCUCGGUUCGGUUUCGGGAUGCAUUAUACUUUGAAAUAGGACAUACUGUUAUGAAGGUUUUAGCGGAUUUCAGAAAUUUUGCGUACACGUUACCAAGUGUAAGGGGACUAACAAUUCACUUAAGAAACAGAAUGACAGAUGUAAUGUUUCCGAGAAAUCGAUACGAUCAAGUGAUCAAAGGUUUAAAUAAUUCGAAUGAUCACGUAUUAGCAUACGCUUCAAAUUUUAGUAUUGCUGCCGACUCACAUUUAGUCUGUAUACAAACUAACACCGGUGAUGAAAGCACUUAUCAAACGCAAGCGAUAAGUAUCAAUAAUAAUCCAAGAACAAUAACAGGUACUAGUUUUAUCGUGAUUAACGGAGCAUUGAAAUCAUCGAUGGGUUUGUCAGCGAAAUCUAGCAUAGUUGAGGAUGGAUUAAUGGUAGAAAUAAUGCCAGAGAAAAUGGAAGCCUUGAAAGCAGCUCUAAAAAAUAUGCAAGACUUUUCAAUUGGAUGCGGUCGACAAGGAGCACCCGAGCCGGAUGAAACAGUGAACAUAAAGUGGGUCGAUAAUGAUGUGCAAUUCAAUGUAGGGGUAAAAAGUCCUAUUGAUAGACGACCUAUGGAUGGUAUUCCUUCAAUCCGAAUACACAAUGGUAUUGAUUAUAAAGGAACGAGUAGAUUUAUACGAUGGACAGAAGUAUUUAUCAUUAAUUCCGAUGAUCAUCCGAAUGGUGUUCAUGAUCCUGUGGAUAUAAAUAAAUUAUCAGGAAAUAUAGCGAAAGCAACAUGUACAGCCUUAGUGAAGUUAUUGGACUUAUUAGCCAAUGCUGGUUUAACAAAGCUUGGUGUAAGAACAACUAUUCAUCCUGACAAUGUUGGUUAUGAAGCCGGUAGCGAAGGUAUGAAAUUGCCUCCAAUCUACAUGAAGAGUUUAGACAACGAAUUAAUUCAAGUUCUGCAUAAAGCAGCGCAAAGUAGUCAAGAUACGCAUAUUGUGCUUGAAUUAAUUUUUUACAUACUCGAUGAUUGAAAUCUUGCUCCGUUUGCUCCUGUUUUGUUAACGAUUUUAUUAAUAUAACAUAGUAGAAAUAUAAAGCUCGUGAUGUUCGUACACGACUGAAAUGUAUAAUUAAAAAACUCGUGGAACCACUAAAAAAUAGAUCUUUUGAGCGGAAAAUAUUUUCUAUCUGAAUACUAUCUAUCUAUAAUGAUACACAAAAACAGCGCUUAUAUUAUAAAAAUAUAUCGAAUCAUAUUUGAGUAUAAUUAUAACAGAGAGAAAUUAUGAAAUUUAAAAUUAAAUAGAUAAUGAAAUUUGUUUUAAAUUGUAUUAGCUUUAAUCUUUUGGAACUCAAAUUUGUUUGCUUUUUAUGAGGAGAGAACAUUGAUAUCACAAUUUUUGUAUAUCACAUAUAUAUAUAUAUAUACAUAUAAAUUUUAUAAAAAAGAAAUAUCGAUGGAAAAUUUUUUGCGACUAAAAUCAAAAUGAAGUACCAUUAUUUGUUAUUGUGUAAAUAUAUCUGUUUUGUUGUUAUUCGUGUAAUAUGUGUAUAAUGAUAGUUAAUAGUACUUUUCUGUCAAAAGAGUAUUAAACAUAUUAAUGUAAUAAACUGAAAGAUUCUUAUUUAUCUUUUCAUAAUUUAAUAAGAACAAAAUUUUAAAUUGUAAGGAUUUUUUGACAAAAUAGUUUUUAACAUUUCAAAUUAAUUUUCCUUUAUAUAUGUAUGUUAAAUUUUAUUAAAUAUUGAUAGAAAUGAUACAAAUAAUGAUACGAUGGUAAGAUACAAAUUGUUGUAUUUUGAAUAAUUAAUCAAGGACUUAAGGUUUAAAACUAAAAAUUGUGACUAUGAUAAAAGAAAUUGCGUAAUUUGAUUCACUAUAAUUUAUACAUUGCAGAUAAGAAAUUGAUUUAGGAAAUUUCCUGAUAUUUGUUUAAUUUUCAAUAAUGUUCAAAUUUUAUCAAAUUUUGUAACUUUUACGUUAGGUGAAAUUUUUGUACUUUGAUGUUGACCUUAGCAGGAAAAUAAACUCUAUGAUAUUUCAAUAGAAAGAAUUUAAAUAUGGGAAUACUUAUGACACGAAUAUUGAUAAUAGUAACUACUAAUAAUAAUUUGUAAAUAUGUAUGUAUGAUAGCUGAAAUAUGUAAGUUUGUUUUAUUGUCAUAGCAUACAUUUUGUAUUUGAAAAUAGUUAACAAUAAUCAGUAGACAAAACAUUCUUCUGACUUAUGAUAUAGUAUUUUUGUGAUUUAGUCUGUAAAUUUUCUUUCUUUGAUCUAUCUUGUAAUGUUUUAGAAGUUACUUGAAUCUUUAUAAUUUGAUGUUUCGGUAUCGUACGGUAUCGAAACAUAUUGAAAUACCAGAAAUUUAUAAUAACCUUUAGUUUCAAUUAGCAAGAUGGUGAAUAACACAUACUUCUAUAUUGUUGUAAGCAAUGUGAUUAUCGACAUAUAUAAAUGUUUAUAUUUGUUAUUAAAAAUUUGGGAAAAGAAAAUCCACAUAUUUUAAGAGUGCAGAAUUUUAUUUUUUAUUGCUUGUAUUGUAAGAUUGUCUAAAAAGCUGUUUAACAUGAUAAAAAUUGAAUAUACAAAUUAAGAGUAUAAUUGCAACAAAUUUACUUGACUGCAAGGAAUUGUAUAAAGUAGACUUAAAACAUGUAAUUUGUUAAUGUAGCAUGCAGAUCAAGUUGACAAAAAAGCUAAAAUUUGUAAUUCGCAAUAGAAAGUGAUGUAAAUAAAUAAAGAAAAUAUUGUGUGGGUAA